AUGGCACGAAGGUAUAGGAGUGUGGGGUUGCAGGGUUGUGGGACUGUGGGGGUGGCUGCCGGCGGUGCGGGUGCUGCCGGUGCUGCCGGUGCUGCCGGUGCUGCUCGGUAUAAGCCAGUGCGCGUCAAUAACCAUGGCGGUGCGGGUGCUGCCGGUGCUGCCGGUGCUGCCGGUGCUGCCGGUGCUGCUCGUAGUGGUGUUGGUGGUAAUGGUGUUGGUGGUGUUGGUGGUGGUGGCGGCGGUGGUGGUGGUGGUUUAGGCGAUGGCGGGGUGCGAGAGGGCAGCUACAGGCAAAAGGAUCUGCAUGGCGGCUCUACCGCGUCGCAAAUCACUUAA